AUGGAUUCGAAUAUCCAGGAUAUUAUCUCUCGCUUCAAACAGCUGAACACGGCCUCGGCUCGACGUACCGUUUACCAACAGAUCAUAGACCAGCUAAACCCUCAUGAAUGGAGAGACGUGCAGAAGCGUGUCAACCAGCGAACCUUUCAGAAGGAUAUCCUCGGUUCACUACCUAUAGAAAUCGCAGUGCAGAUCGUUCAAUACCUCGAUAUAAACGAUGUACACCUUCUCCAAAGGGUCUCGCGAAGAUGGCAUGAGGUACUGUCUUCAGAACCAGUCUGCAGCAUCUUGUUCCGCCAGUAUACCGGGGGUUCCCUCGAUAGCGACUUCAAAUCUACCUUCGCCCGCUAUUCGAGGCAGCGGUCCCGUCUAGAGCAGGGACGUCCAGUUGCACAUGUACAAUUGGACAUACCCUUUAGUCAAGACCUCGACUAUUGUGACGGCAGAUAUGCCUGGUCUGCUGAUGGUGGUACCACAAUCGUUGUCUUUGAAAUGUGCUCCCGCAAGACACAGCGCUUCUGCACGGAGAAUCGCGAGCGGUUUGAGAAAUUCUGCUUAUCUGAAGAUCUAGUGGCUGCAAUCACCGUUCGCGGGUAUUGCCACGCUUGGGACAUCCGUACGGAAUAUACGCGCUCCAUCCGUCUUCCCAACACAAAUUUAUCUCACUUUGUCAUCGACAGCUUCAGAGUUGCUGUAUAUUAUGAGAACUUUCGCUUAGAUGGCCAGGAAGGUGGGGUUGUCAUGCACUUUGACCUUCGGCCAGGAAGCCCAAGAACCCAUCGGAUUCAACCAGUUGAAGAGCUAGCACUCUUGAGCUUGGAUAAAUCCUCAAAUUUUCUGACCACUAUCUGUCUCAAACACUAUAGCAACCGGGAUCCAAGCUAUAUACCCAAUAAGCCUCGCCUCCGCGUUCUGAAAUAUGAGCUUCAUGAAAAUGGGGAAGCCUCAAUCGCACGCUCCUAUACUUUGAAUCUGCCCUCCUCCAGCAAUAGGACAUACUUGGCGAGGGACUUACCACAGUACUACAAAAACAUGGGGUUCCUCUAUGUCUCGUCCUCAUCUGCUCUUUCGUUCGUUCUACCAAUUACUUAUCACCCACAAACAGAACAAGUUUGUAUACACGCAUUGCUCGAUCUUCGGGUGGCUGACUCUUUGUCUAUGGCCAACGUUGAUAAUGGCAUUCUCUACUGGGUCAGAGAUGAUGAUGGCAAGCAAAGUAUCUGGAUCUCUAAUCCCUACGCUGUGACUCCUCUCUGUGCUUCUCGGGGCUUGGAGUUUGACCUUCCGAGAGCUCCGCCAGACGAGACUCCUCUCAUGGGUCAUCACCGUCGUUUACUGACAGGAGAUUCUCGAUUUGUGUCCAUGACCGACAUAUCGGGAACCCAAGUGUGGUUUUUUGAGGACGCGAACCAGUUGGGAUACGUAGAAACCAACCCCUAG